GGAUUACCAAUUGAGAGUCUAGAUGGGUCCAAUACGACCAACCCAAGUAUGAUUCAUUUUGAUUCAUCCUGACUCAUUCCAACGAGUUAGCCGUAUUACUGUUCUCGGAAAGACGCCGAAUUGACGUAAAAUGAGCCCCUGCGCCACAGCGUCGCGAUAUCCGUACAUAAGCGACGACCUUAUAAGGUCAGUUCGAGGUAGAACAAAAUGCGACGAAGAUCGUCAAAAACUCAUAGCAACAUGCGAACAAAGCUCUACUGCGGCGGAAGCUAAGUUUAGACAAAGGACCUUAAAUCACCAUCGUCAUGACGGCAUCACCAUGUCGCGUGCGACGUACUAAGAGGAUCUUCCCAGCAAGACCUCCGAAAAAGACGACAACUACGAAAUUAUCUAUUCUUGACGCAUCAGUCACACGAUUCGCACCAUGUGGCGCCGUCUGGCUUUAUGAUCAAUCCGACAAUGCCAAUGCGCACGACCCAAGUGUGUUCCAACGCUUAGAAGAAGCGCUCACACAGACACUGAGCAAUUAUCCCCAUUACUCAGGUCAGCUUCGCUGGGCAUCCAAGGAAUUCGUACAGGGAGACGUAAAUCCUCGUUUUCUCGGGCGGCCGAUUGUUGUGUAUGGCUCAGAAGAGGACCCUGGGGUCGAGUUGGUCAUCGCCGAGGAUAGUCGAGAACUCAGCGCUAUCGUACCAAGUCGAGAAGAACGGUCAACAGAGAAACGAAUAUGGAAUGCGACAGAUUUUCCGCAAGGCGAAUUCCAGUCCAAUACCAAACUCGCAUUCUCGAAACUCGGAGAAUAUGAAGACCUACCAGGCGUUGUCAUUCAAUUAACACGGUUCAAAUGUGGCGGAUAUGCGAUUAGUAUCAAGCUCGCCCAUUGUCUAUCAGACGCGCUAUGUCUCACACAAUUUGCGCAUGCUUGGGAGGCGCAAUCCCGAUUGCUCUUUGAGAAGUCAUCCGUGCCACACACCAAUGGAGGGAAGACUAUUGCGCCAUUAUUCAACCCCUCGCAGCUAGAUAAGUAUGCCAACUUAACAGCCAACGAGAAACGACCGAACCCUGAAAGAAUAAAGAAGGCAAGAGCCUUACCCAUGCACCGCUUCGACUGGUGGGCGACUGAUGCCCCCGGGUAUCCCGAUUUUGCCACAUCAUCAUCGCGCGUCACCAUGCCACCAACAGAAGAACUAGCUCAUGUAGAGCUAGGUCCUUCUACUUUUCCUCCUUGGCCAACAUGGGACAUGGCAGCGCCCGUGGAGCAUGUACAGAUCCGCUUCAAGGCCGAUUCCAUCUCAAAAAUGAAGAAAGCCGCCGAAGCAAGCCUCCCUGGUUCCUUAGGCGAUCAGCGUGUGUCGCGACUCGAUUCCGCACUUGCGCAUAUAUGGAUUCUCAUCAACCGCGCAAGACAACUCGAAAAUGAUCAAGAUCCAGUGUAUAUGGAUAUCACCCUUGGAGUCCGUGGACGACUCGACCCGCCUCUACCAGAUGCCUUCGUAGGAUCCCCGAUCUUAUUAGGCCAUGUCGCUAAAACAGGUUCCGAAGCGAGCACUGCUCCUAUUGGAGCAAUUGCGGGUUCGAUACGGCAGACGAUGUCCCUGUUCACUUCCGAUGCGGUAUCCGCUUACAUAUAUGAUGCGGCUCAUGAAGUUAGCCCGCAACGUCUAUGGCAAGCUUUCCUCGGGUCAAGGCAUAUGCUCGUUACAUCAUGGGUGCGGGCACGUGCGUAUGAAGUUGAUUUCUGUGCUUCGGGGCAACUCGCUCGGUAUGUCCAGGGAGUGAUGCCUCGAAUGGAUGGCUUGGUCCAGGUUAUCGACAUCGCGGAUACGGGGGAUUUUGACAUUAGUGUAUGCCUCGAGAAGGAAACAAUGGAGAGGUUCCUCCAAGAUCCUAUGUUGAAGGUGUACGGGCUAUGAUGAGCGUAGGAUAAUUGGGGUGACACAGAUGACUAACAUACAACCCUAUCCCAUACCCUAAGUCUAAAAUAGGGGUAUGCAUCUAGAGUUUAAAAUAGAGCAACCAAGAUACCCAAAAGACAUCAAAGAUUUGUUUCGUUUUAGGAUGCUUCAUAUUGGCGAUAUCCAAUAAUAACAUUCUACAUGAACUAGCCAUGCUUUGUCUGGUAACAAUAGCGGCAGUGUCGAAUUGAAGGAUUACCAGUCAUGAUUAUGUUCGAAAUCGUACUUGGCCUUAGAUGUUAGUUCUUCAUCUAAUAGAACGCGAACGGCUAACAUUGCCAUUCCCUUCGCACAAUUUAACGCAAUAUCGUGGGCUUCUUUCGUGCUAGCCGCGGCAGCAAAUUUGGGGUUAUGAAGCGAUACAUCCGAGUCUGUUGGGAUCGCAAAGACCCCGUGGAAACUAGGCGCGAUGUGGGAAACGUUACCCAUAUCUGUAGAUGCCGUAACUUGUUCCUGUUGCUGUAGCAGGACGUUCUCCCCGACGGCCUUCAUCUCAUCUACGUAUGUCUCGCAGAGAGCCUUGUUGGC